GUUAGGUUUUAUCGGACGACACGAAGUGACGUCGUUUCAGUCAUUUAAAAUUCUAGUGGUCCUACGUGGCAUUGAGCCACAUGAUUGAAAUUAGAUUCCCUUUUGACCUAACCACCGCUCAACAUAAAAACCCCAUCACUCACCACCGGAUAACUUCCGUCGUCUUCCGCCGUAACUAACUAUCUCUCUCCAUGGCCGGCGUUAAUCUACACCUCCGUCACUCUGUUACUCAAUUGUUUCCGACUAUUUCCUCUCCUCCUCAUCGCCAAGUUCAGCUCGGAACUUCACCUUCUCGUGUCAUCGUCUCUAAUCUCCGAGCUAACUCCACCGCCGUCGCUCAAACCCUGAGAACCACUCGCCGUUCAGAUAUUACUGCUUCGUCUUCCGUCGGCUCUUCCACCACCUCUUCGGAUUCAGUGGUGGUAGAUCGAGAUGAGGAAGGAAGAAUCCCUUUGCUUGAGGUUAAGGAUUUGAGAGCUGUGAUUGUUGAAACGAGGCAGGAGAUACUAAAAGGUGUCAACUUGGUUGUCUACGAAGGAGAGAUACAUGCAGUGAUGGGGAAGAAUGGUUCAGGGAAGAGUACAUUCUCUAAGGUUCUUGUUGGUCAUCCUGAUUAUGAAGUGACGGGAGGGAGUAUUGUGUUUAAAGGGGAGAAUUUACUUGAUAUGGAGCCUGAGGAAAGGUCUCUUGCUGGUCUGUUUAUGAGUUUUCAGUCUCCUGUUGAGAUUCCUGGUGUUAGUAAUAUGGAUUUUUUGAAUAUGGCAUUUAAUGCUCGGAAAAGAAAGCUUGGCGAGCCAGAGCUUGAUCCAAUUCAGUUUUACAGCCACUUAGUGUCAAAACUUGAAGUUGUGAAUAUGAAGACCGAUUUUCUGAACCGAAAUGUCAAUGAAGGGUUUAGCGGUGGGGAAAGGAAGCGAAACGAGAUUCUACAGUUAGCGGUCCUUGGAGCCGAGUUGGCUAUACUAGACGAGAUAGAUUCAGGGUUGGAUGUUGAUGCUCUUCAAGAUGUGGCAAAGGCGGUGAAUGGGCUUUUGACUCCAAAAAACUCUGUUCUGAUGAUAACCCACUAUCAACGCCUACUUGACUACAUCAAACCAACUCUCAUACACAUCAUGGAGAAUGGAAGAAUCAUUAAAACCGGAGACAAGUCCUUGGCAAAGUUACUGGAAAAGGAAGGCUACAAAGCGAUAUCCGGUUAGUUAUCGCAGAUCAUAGACAACCACUUCCUUCUUAGAGAGAGCAGAGUGUUGUUUGUGUCAAGAUGAUGUGUGGGAAGCACUACAAUCUUUGAUCGGUAGGCUUUUUUGGCUUCAUUGGUUUGGUUUGCAUGACAAACCGUUGUAUUUGGUAUUUUUUUUUGUGUCUUGUUUAUGAACAGCUUCCAUACUGUUUUGUAACUAACAAAUAAAAUUUCAGUUAAAAAUAAAAACUCAUUAUGUC